AUGACAUUGGAAAGAGCUCUCUGUGACUUGGGUGCCAGCAUCAACUUGAUUCCUCUCUCAAUGAUGAAAAAGCUUGCAAUAGAAGAAGUUAAACCUACCAGGAUGUCACUCCAAAUGGCUGACAGAUCACUAAAAAUACCCAAUAAAGUUGUAGAGAACUUAUUGGUGAAGGUUGGAGAAUUCAUCUUCCUUACUGAUUUUGUCAUCUUAGACAUUGAAGAAGAAGGACACAACUCAAUUAUCUUGGGAAGACCUUUCUUAGCAACAGCAAGAGCUAUCAUUGAUGUAGAGAAAGGUGAAAUGAUCCUCAGGGUGCAUGAUGAACAAAUGAUCAUUAAUGUCUUUAAAGCCAUACAAUAUCCCCCUAAGAAAGAAAAGUAUAUGAGAGUGGAAAUGAUAGAAGACUUGGUGGAAAAAGUACUUGAAGCCAACGGUUAA